CAGCAAUUUUGAUCGGUGAGAAUUACGUAACAGAGCAGUCACGUGAAUUGUCAGAUGAAACAGGAGGGUAAUGGAUUAGCCAGUCACGUGUAAUGUCAGCUGACAAAAAUCUGAUAAUGAUGACAUAAUCUUGAAGGUCAAAAAAAAUUUCAAUUUAAAAGCGAUGAGGUUUAACUAUAGUGAAUACAACUUUUUGAUCUAUACAUUGUCUUUUAUCACACACACCAAAACCACAAUCAUGUCCACAGAAGAACCAGUACAAGAUGUUGAUGUCUCUAUGCAAGACGAAGAAGUUGAAGAUUUAGAUACUGAAAAAAUCAAGAUAGUAUGUUCGGUUUGGAUUUCUUUGUUACGAAGUGUUUAUUGAUUAUUAACCAUUCAUAAUUAGCUGCCAGGUGCUACUGAAGAUGGUACUGCUGCCUCUUUCCAAAUAAUAGAUGAAGAUCAUACUCUCGGGAAUGCCUUGAGAUAUAUAAUAAUGAAAAAUCCUGAAGUUGAAUUCUGUGGUUAUUCAAUUCCUCAUCCUUCAGAAACAAAAUUAAAUAUCCGUAUUCAAACUUAUGGUAAAAUCACCGCAGUGGAGGCUUUGCAUCAAGGUUUAGAUAAUUUAAGUGAAUUAUGUACCCAUAUUGAAGAUAAAUUCACAGAAAAGAUCAAUAAAGCUGAUUAUCCAACUGAAGAACCAUAAUUGAAUGGAAGGAGAUUCAAUUAUUGCAUAUAGGAAGUUAAAAAUAUACACUAGGUUUUAGAUAAUUUAUUAAAUCUGUAACAGGGAUCUUUGAAUGAAGGUGUACUAUACUGCAUGAACCAUUGAAAAAGACUUUCAAAGUACUAUCCUAAAAGACAUGAAAUGAAAGUUUAGACGUUUUAACUAUUCUUCUUUGAAUUGUCGUCUUGUAAUAUUUAAUCUUCGAUUAUCUCUGGUAAUACACGCUUUGAAGUUUCUUUUAUCUUAUUAUCGAUGUUCAAAUCUAGCUAUCGCACAUCUCAAAUAAGCAGAACAGAAAACUCAGGAAGCCAACCAUUUUUCUUAAUAAAC